AUGAACGCGCGAGUGUUCGUGAUCGUUCUAAUCAGCGUACAUUUUUCAUGUUUAGGAGAUAUGGGGGCGUGUGCGAACUGUGCGAGUGGGGAUCAAAGUGUUACUGUGUUGACGGAAGCCAGGAUAGAGUUUGUGAAGCAGCAGAUACUUAAAAAGCUGAGGUUAAGUAGGAAGCCGGUCGUGGCGGUGCCGGUCAACAGCCUGCCGAUGCCAGUGGCCCAAGGAGUCACCUAUAGCCAGGGGACUGAUAAACCUCCCGAGUUCGACGACUAUUAUGGCAGGACCGAGCAGAAAAUCAUAUUUCCAACAGAAGGAGAAUGCCUUACGUCUGGACGCUAUCCUUUCACGUGUCUUCAGUUCGAGCUGCCUCCAGAUGUGGAACCUGAAGAAGUCACUGUUGUCGAGUUAUGGUUCUAUAAGGAACGAGAUCCCCUCGACGAGUACAAUCAAACCUUCGUGAUAUCAGAAGCGGCCCACUGGGACAGCCAGCAACAGUUCAAGAAGACCAAGCCAAUAGCUAUCAAGGAGACGGAUAUUGGAGAGGGGUGGGUGAGGGUGGAGCUAGCUUGGGCGGUGCGCGUGUGGCUGGAAGGGAGAGAAAGACUGCAUACUUUGCAUGUCGCGUGUAGAACAUGUCAGCUUCGACGAGCGCCUCUUUCCUUCCACGAAAAGCAUCGUCCAUUCCUCGUGGUUUACACCAAGUACGCCGGCAAGAGACGUCGAGGCAGGACCCUGGAGUGUGGCGCCACCACCAGUGAAUGCUGCAGAGAACCCCUCUACGUGAGCUUCAAGGAGCUGGGCUGGGAUGACUGGAUCAUCAGACCGGCCGGCUACCAUGCGUACUUUUGUAAAGGCACUUGUGCUCCAAUAUCCGCUGUGACACAGGCGGAUAGUCAUUAUUUUAAUAUUAUUAAGAAAUAUUUCUAUUCCGUGUCAAAUGAAAUGAAAUCGGAGUUCAAGCCGUGCUGUGCUCCGACCACCUUCAGCUCUCUGCAACUUCUCUACAUGGACUCAAAUAACAGCGUCACGCAGAAAACUCUCCCCAACAUGGUGGUUGAAUCGUGUGGGUGUAUG